GUUUAUAACCACAAGACCACGUGGAGAUUAUUGUAUACAGUAUUUUGAAAUGGAAAUAUUGAUUUUAACAUUUGUAAUUUUUUUAUCGAACUUGUAUAAUUUGAUUAAACUGUAAUUUAUACCGUCAUAGGUUAACUGAAGGAUUUGUUUCAAUUUUACGGAGAUAAAUAAUGCCAAAGAAAGCUGAAUCAAAGUGGAGAAGGUGUGAAAAUUGCAAAUCAGUACUCUACAUGAAAGAUGUACCGCUUCAUAAAGAGCAGUGUAAUGAGUUAAAAAAUGAAAGCAAUAAGUGCCUCAUUUUGAAUCAUUGUUUGAUUGAUAAUGAAAAUCUGUAUGCUACUGUAAUUAAAGAUGUUAUACAGAAAGAUGAUAAAGACCUAAAAUUUCUACCUAAAAACAGUGCCUUUCUUCAUCCUUCAACUAUGAGGAUGUGCAAAAUAUGUUCUGGAGACAGGAUCACUUUGACUUCAUCAUCAGGUUAUCAGAUUCUUUGUACUGUUCUGCCAAAAUCAUCUCUUUCGUUGACGACAAUUUCAGUACUGAGAAAUGACUUUUCAAAGGAUUAUUACGAAAAAAUAGUUCAUGUGAGAAACUAUUUCAAGCAUCCAUUGAAAGCAGAGUCUAUAACAAUAUUGUGUGAAAAUUCAGACAGAGAAGAUAUAUUUUCUAGUGGUUUUCAAACUCAUUUUAUUCGAAAGUACUAUGAUACUUAUGUGACAUUUGGAACAAAAUUAUCUUUUCCAUAUUUUGGAAAUAUUUUCCAGUUAAAGAUUGUAGAUAUUAUUGGUGAAAAAUAUGAUGAUAAGACUCAGAUAAAUGUUCCUGAUUUUCUUUCUGUCAAAAUGGAUGCACUAAAAUUAGAAACAUCAGGUCCAUCAACUGAUUUAGAAAUUUCUGAUUUAUUACUUGAAAGUGAAGAAUGUCAUGACAGGACAGAAACAGAUUUUAAUUCAGAAAAGUCUGGAAGCAAACCAUCAUUAUGUUCUACACCUUUGAACACAAAUAAAAGUUUAUCAAAUUUAUUUACUAUUAAAGAUUUACCUGUAUUAAGAGAUGAUUAUUUAAAGAAAGCCAAAGAUGAAAUUCAGUUCUAUAUGAUAACAAUGUGGACAAAUAUCACAAAUGUGAAUGAGACACAAAAACAUGAUACUUCGGAUAUAAAAAUAACAUUUGACAAAAUUGGUGGUUUAGAUCGUCAGAUUAGUCUGCUGAAAGAACUGAUAAAUCCGAUAAUAUCUCCAAGAUAUUUCAGAUCAAAAGGUGUGUCAAAAGGAAUUAUUCUUCAUGGUCCAUCUGGUACAGGCAAAACAAUGAUAGGAAAUGCAAUUCCUAAUGAAUAUCAAGUUAAUUUUAUAUUAAUUAAUGGUGAUGAGAUAUAUAGUGAAGACGAACUGAGAGAGAACUUUUCUGAAGCUAGAAGAAGAGCACCGAGUAUUAUAUUUAUUGAUGAAUUGGAUGUUCUUUGCCCAAAAUAUCAAGAUUCUUCUCAAGUCGAAAGGAGAGUACUUAAAACAUUGUCGACAUUAAUGGAUAGUUUAUAUUAUGAUGACACGGCAGAUGUUGUUGUCAUUGGUGCAACGGACAAACCCAAUUUAGUAGAGGAGUCGUUAAGAAGACCAGGAAGAUUUGAUAGCGAAAUAGAGAUUGGUUAUCCUAAUAAUAAAGAAAAAUUUGAGGUAUGGUCUUUAAUAAAAUUAUAUGAUGACACGGCAGAUGUUGUUGUCAUUGGUGCAACGGACAAACCCAAUUUAGUAGAGGAGUCGUUAAGAAGACCAGGAAGAUUUGAUAGCGAAAUAGAGAUUGAUUACUAUAUUCNAAAACUUGAUUAUUUUCAGUAUGAUGACACGGCAGAUGUUGUUGUCAUUGGUGCAACGGACAAACCCAAUUUAGUAGAGGAGUCGUUAAGAAGACCAGGAAGAUUUGAUAGCGAAAUAGAGAUUGGUUAUCCUAAUAAUAAAGAAAAAUUUGAGAUACUUAAAAAAUUAUUAAAAGAUAAGAGACAUUCCUUAACAGAAGAAAAUAUGAAAGAAAUUGCUGAAAAACUUCAUGGAUACACUGGAGCAGAUUUAAAUUGCUUGUGUAGAAAUGUUUGUUUUAUGUUGUUGAAAGAGCAAUCAGAUGAUCUGGUUAUGACGUUAAGUCAUUUUAAUUCGGCAAUAAGAGAGAUGAAACCAAGUGCUUUGAAGGAAAUGGAUAUUCAGAUUUCAAAGAGACAUUCCUUAACAGAAGAAAAUAUGAAAGAAAUUGCUGAAAAACUUCAUGGAUACACUGGAGCAGAUUUAAAUUGCUUGUGUAGAAAUGUUUGUUUUAUGUUGUUGAAAGAGCAAUCAGAUGAUCUGGUUAUGACGUUAAGUCAUUUUAAUUCGGCAAUAAGAGAGAUGAAACCAAGUGCUUUGAAGGAAAUGGAUAUUCAGAUUUCAAAGGUUUAUUGGCAAGAUAUUGGUGGUAUGCACGAAUUAAAAGAUAAGAGACAUUCCUUAACAGAAGAAAAUAUGAAAGAAAUUGCUGAAAAACUUCAUGGAUACACUGGAGCAGAUUUAAAUUGCUUGUGUAGAAAUGUUUGUUUUAUGUUGUUGAAAGAGCAAUCAGAUGAUCUGGUUAUGACGUUAAGUCAUUUUAAUUCGGCAAUAAGAGAGAUGAAACCAAGUGCUUUGAAGGAAAUGGAUAUUCAGAUUUCAAAGGUUUAUUGGCAAGAUAUUGGUGGUAUGCACGAAGUAAAACAAAAAUUGAAAGAAGCAAUAGAAUGGCCAGUGAAGCAUCCCGAAAUAUUUCAUAAAAUGGGAAUCCCACAAACACAUGGUAUAUUGAUGUAUGGUCCACCUGGGUGUUCUAAAACAAUGAUUGCCAAAGCAUUAGCUACAGAAAGUGGACUUAAUUUUAUACCAAUUAAAGGUCCUGAACUGUUUAGUAAAUGGGUUGGUGAAUCUGAAAGGAAUGUGAGAGAAGUAUUUCUUAAAGCAAAAAACAUGGCUCCUUGUAUUAUUUUUUUUGAUGAGAUAGACAGUUUAGCUUCACAGCGUGAAAGUUCGGGUGGAUCAAAUGUUGGUGACAAAGUAUUGGCACAGCUAUUGACAGAAAUAGAUGGAAUGGAGCAAUUGAAAAAUGUUUUUAUAGUUGCAGCAACUAACAGACCAGAUAUGAUUGAUAAGGCACUACUGAGACCUGGAAGAUUAGACAGCAUAAUUUAUGUUCCAUUACCAGAUGCAAGUACUCGGAAAGAAAUAUUAGAAAUUGAAUUAAAGAAACGGCCUACAUCUUCUGAUGUAGACGUCUCAUUAUUAACAGAACGUACAGAAGGAUAUUCUGGUGCUGAGAUUGUUGCAUUGUGUCAUGAAGCUGGCAGGAGGGCACUAAAUGAAAAUAUUAAUGCAGAACAAAUCACUUGGUCUCACUUCAUGCAGGCUUUGGAGUUAGUGAAACCAAGAAUCACAACAGAAAUGAUUCAGCAUUAUAAAUCGUAUUUUGAAAAAUAUAAAAAGCAAUAAAAUUAAAUAAUGAAAUUUUUCAUUCAAUCAAUUUUGUUUAUUUUAAACUAAAUAUUUAAGUGAAUUUAAAGCAUAUAAUUCAUUACAAUGCUAGUGCCAGCAAAAUAAAUUAACUUGCGCAUUUUCAUCAUUGCGAUCCUAAUCUACUAAGAUAAUUCGGACAUUUGUGACAUCUUUCAACAAACAACAAUGUUCGAUGAAAGAAAUACAAAGUAAUGUUGGAUUGAACAAUAAACAAUUUUGGAGCCACGAAAACAACUUUACUUUCUAAUUUUAAUCAAAAUGCAAACAGUAAUUGUAAUUUUUCCUAAUUAUGAUUAAUAUUAAAAUAUCCUCUAUCCGUAAGUAACUGUUUUGGGACCGAAUGUCUUA